AUGUUGAAAGUUAUUCUUACUCUUCUCCUUUUAGGUAUUGCUGUCAAUGCCAAAGUCAGUCGACAAGAACUCACUGCUGUCAUCAAAUCAUUGAAGACAGCCGUUCAACUCGACAACAAGUGUGAAACAUCCGCUGAUUGUGCAGUAGUUGGUGUUGGAUCCCGAGCAUGUGGCGGUCCAAACAGUUAUGUUGCCUAUUCAAUCAAGAGUUCAAAUGCAGAUGAUAUUCGUUCAUUGGCACAACUAUCAACUAAACUUGAACAACAAUACAACGCAGAAAACCAAAUGAUGUCAAUUUGUAUGAUGGUCAUGCCACCAACUGCUUUUUGUUUUGAAAAUGAGUGUAAUGCUUCUUAA